GAGACGACGAAAUUCUCUCUCUGCGUCUCCUUGAAGCAGCUGAGUUAGCUUUGGCCUUAGAGAGAGACAUUAGUGGGUUCAUCAGACAUGGAGGAGGGGCCAAAGAAACUACUCAUACUCUACGCGACUCAAACCGGAAACGCCUUAGACGUUGCCGAGCGAGCAGGCCGUGAAGCCGAGCGCAGAGGCUGCCCCGUCCACCUUCUUUCCAUCGACCAAUACGACGCCAGUUGCUUAGCUCAAGAGGGCACUGUAAUUUUUGUUGUUUCAACUACAGGCCAGGGGGAUACUCCUGAUCCCAUGAAGGGAUUUUGGAAAUAUCUUCUGCAGAGAAAUCUAAGUGAGUCAUGGCUUGAAGGACUUCAUUAUGCUGUUUUUGGAUUGGGGGAUUCUGGUUACCAGAAAUUUAAUUUUGUGGCAAAGAAGCUUGAUAGAAGACUUCUGGACCUUGGGGCAACCCCUAUUAUCCAAAGAGGUUUGGGAGAUGAUCAGCACCCAUCAGGGUAUGAGGCUGCUCUGGAUCCUUGGAUGAUAUCUUUGUGGAAUAUGUUGAAUAACGUCAAUCCAAAAUACUUCCCAAAUGGCCCAGAAUUUUUUAUUCCGUAUGAGAAUUUUAUGGCUGAACCUAAAGUUCGGAUUCAGUACCAUGACAUUAAGCAGGUGGAUUCACAAUUUUCAACUAAUUCAGACUUGAAUCAAAUUGCGUUGCAGAUUGAAAGGGCUCGCAGAGUGUCUCCUGUAAAGUUUUCUCUUGACAAGAACAGGCCUGACUGCAUUCUUAAAUUGGUAAAAAAUGAGCCACUGACUAAAUCAGGAAGUAUAGACAAAGAGGUGCAUCACUUUGAAUUUGAAUUUGUUUCAUCUGCUAUUGAAUAUGAAGUUGGUGACGUCCUUGAGGUUCUCCCUAGUCAAAAUCCUGCUGCAAUAGAUUCUUUCAUACUUCGUUGUAAUUUGGACCCUGAAUCAUUCAUCACUGUUCAUCCUUCAGAGAUGGAGAAUCAGCUUCUUGAUGCUUGUACCCCCAUCAAAUUAAAAACUUUUGUUGAAUUGACAAUGGAUGUUGCAUCAGCAUCUCCUCGGCGCUAUUUCUUUGAGGUCAUGAGUAUAUUUGCAACAGCUGAACAUGAAAAGGAAAGACUCCAAUAUUUUGUGUCACCUGAAGGAAGAGAUGAUCUAUACCAAUACAAUCAGAGGGAACGACGGACUGUUCUGGAGGUUUUGGAAGAUUUCCCCUCCGUUCAAAUGCCAUUGGAAUGGUUGGUACAGUUGGUUCCUCCUUUAAAAACGAGGGAUUUCUCCAUCUCUUCGUCCCCUUCUGCGCACCCCAAUCAAGUUCACUUAACAGUGAAUGUGGUGUCAUGGACAACACCUUUCAAAAGAAGUCGAGCAGGUCUCUGCUCAAAUUGGCUAGCCAAGCUUGAUCCUGAACAAUGCGUUUAUGUUCCAGUGUGGUUUCAAAAAGGUUCCCUUCCUCCCCCACCACCAUCACUUCCUCUCAUUCUCAUUGGACCUGGAACUGGCUGUGCACCCUUCCGUGGAUUUGUGGAGGAAAGAGCCAUACAAAGUUUGACUGGUUCAACUGCUCCAGUGAUGUUCUUCUUUGGAUGCAGAAAUGAGGACAAUGAUUUUUUAUACAGAGAGUUUUGGAUAUCUCAUUCACAAAAUGGUGGGGUGCUUUCAGAAGCAAAGGGUGGAGGCUUUUAUGUUGCCUUCUCAAGAGACCAGUCACAGAAGGUUUAUGUGCAGCAUAAAAUACAGGAACAUAGCCGGAGGGUGUGGAAUUUGCUGAGGGAGGGGGCUGCUGUGUAUGUUGCAGGCUCUUCUACAAAAAUGCCGGCAGAUGUAUUAUUAGCCUUUGAGGAGAUUAUUUCGAAAGAAAGUGGGCUUCCACAGGAGUCAGCAGUGAGAUGGCUUAGAGCUCUGGAAAAGGCCGGAAGAUACCAUGUUGAAGCGUGGAGUUGAGCAUUGCUGAAAUUGUGACUUUGAAAUCUGCUGUUGAGAACUAGAGAUCAAAUGUUUCAUGGAACUUCAGGUGUAACUUGGAUUACAUGUGAUGCUUGAGCAGGAGUAGAUUGGAUGGUGGAGAUAGCAUCUGUAUAAGGAGUAAGAGAUCAUAGGCAGCUGGUUUUAAGUUACUAACAUUCCCAGGCAUUGCGUGUUCGAUCUCAGUCGUUUGUUUUUUUUCCUUCUCUAUUCAAUUUUUGUGAUUGUGGGUUUAAAAGAAUUCAAUUAAUCUGAGUGAUGGGUUAUUUUAUCACUCAAUAAAUAUUUGUAUUUGUAAAAGACUUGGAAGGAAUAAGAGAGAGAAUAAAAAAGUGAUUUUUUUAAAAGUAAACUCUUGG